UUCCGGUCGCCAUCUUGUCGUUUAGCCGUGUGUUUGUGAGAGAGAGAGCAGCGGCUGCGCUGGAGAAACCGACCAAACUCUUUCUCUUUCGCCUUAUUAAUAUUUCUAUAACGAGAUGUCAAAACGGCACCGGUUGGACUUAGGCGAUGAUUAUUCGUCGAGCAAGAAGAGGUCAUCUGACGGUAAGGACCGAGACCGAGAUCGGGACGACCGGUCGAAGGAUCGCGAUCGCGACCGUGACCGAGACAGAGACCGUGAUCGAGACCGGGAUAGAGACAGCAAGGUGUCCAGUGUGCCCCUCAGCUCCAGCGUGUCCGGCGGUGGGAUGCUCCCGCUGAAGCAGACGGCAAUGCAACAGCAGAUCAACCCCUUCACCAACCUGCCUCACACGCCGCGCUUCUUCGAGAUCCUCAAGAAGAGGCUGCAGCUGCCCGUCUGGGAGUACAAAGAACGCUUUAAUGACAUCCUCAACCGACAUCAGAGCUUUGUGCUCGUUGGAGAGACAGGCUCUGGAAAGACCACACAGAUCCCUCAGUGGUGUGUGGACAUGGUGAGGGCCCUCCCGGGCCCCAAGCGUGGUGUGGCUUGUACACAGCCACGUAGGGUGGCAGCCAUGAGUGUGGCUCAGAGAGUGGCAGAUGAAAUGGAUGUCAUGCUGGGGCAGGAGGUCGGAUACUCCAUCAGAUUUGAGGACUGUAGCUCUGCAAAGACCAUUCUGAAAUAUAUGACAGACGGUAUGUUGCUCCGCGAGGCUAUGAACGACCCACUGUUGGAGCGAUACGGUGUCAUUAUUCUCGAUGAGGCUCACGAGCGCACCUUAGCCACAGAUAUUCUGAUGGGCGUCCUCAAAGAAGUGGUCCGGCAGAGAUCCGACCUCAAGGUCAUCGUAAUGAGCGCCACUCUGGACGCUGGAAAGUUCCAGGUUUAUUUCGACAGCUGCCCCUUGCUGACCAUUCCCGGCCGGACGCAUCCCGUGGAGAUCUUCUACACGCCCGAGCCGGAGAGGGAUUACCUAGAAGCGUCCAUUCGCACGGUCGUCCAGAUCCACAUGUGUGAGGAAGAUGAGGGAGAUGUGCUGCUCUUCCUCACCGGACAGGAGGAAAUCGAUGAAGCCUGCAAACGGAUCAAACGUGAGAUUGAUGAUCUCGGCCCCGAUGUUGGUGACAUCAAAAUCAUCCCGCUCUACUCCACGCUGCCACCACAGCAACAGCAGAGGAUCUUCGAGCCGCCUCCACCCCGCAAACCCAGCGGAGCCAUCGGCAGGAAGGUUGUGGUUUCUACAAACAUCGCUGAGACAUCCCUCACCAUCGAUGGCGUGGUGUUUGUAAUUGAUCCUGGCUUUGCCAAGCAAAAGGUGUAUAACCCUCGCAUUCGAGUUGAGUCACUGCUCGUAACGGCUAUUAGUAAGGCUUCGGCCCAGCAGAGAGCCGGCCGUGCUGGACGUACGCGCCCAGGAAAGUGCUUCCGGCUCUACACCGAGAAGGCCUACAAGACUGAGAUGCAGGAUAACACAUACCCUGAGAUUCUCAGGUCGAAUUUGGGCUCUGUGGUGCUACAGCUCAAGAAGCUCGGUAUCGAUGACCUAGUGCACUUUGACUUCAUGGACCCACCAGCUCCUGAGACCCUGAUGCGAGCCCUGGAGCUGUUGAACUAUCUGGUGGCGCUGAAUGACGACGGUGACCUGACGGAGCUGGGCUCCAUGAUGGCUGAGUUCCCUCUCGACCCCCAGCUGGCCAAGAUGGUCAUCGCCAGCUGCGACUUCAACUGCUCCAAUGAGAUCCUCUCCAUCACCGCAAUGCUAUCAGUCCCACAGUGCUUUGUGCGGCCCACCGAAGCUAAGAAGGCAGCCGACGAGUCCAAAAUGAGGUUCGCCCACAUCGACGGGGACCACCUGACCUUGCUCAACGUCUACCACGCCUUCAAACAGAGUACGUAUGUUGCUCACCUGGAGCGCACCGGCCACUAUCUCACAGUGAAGGACAACCAGGUGGUCCAGUUGCACCCUUCCACCGUACUGGACCACAAGCCCGAGUGGGUUCUCUAUAACGAGUUUGUGCUGACCACCAAGAACUACAUCCGCACCUGCACUGAUAUCAAACCCGAAUGGCUUGUGAAAAUCGCUCCAGGAUACUACGAAAUGAGCAACUUCCCUCAAUGCGAGGCUAAGAGGCAACUGGAGCGCAUCGUCGCUAAACUUCAAACCAAGGAGUACUCUCAAUACUGAACCUGCGCAGCGGUGGAAGGACUGUACGUUUUGAAUUCAAUAUGCGCUGUGCAAUGCUUCUGAAGUUGUACAUCGUCACACAUCUACUUUAGGUUUUGUGUCUGUUUCGUUUUCUGUUUUGAUUUGUCGUCAAAAUAUAAUUAUUUUUUAUAACUCUUUGCUCCCGGCUCCGCCACGUGUUUUGGCACCUGGUGAAAGCAUAUUGUUUAAUUGGUCACUCUAGGCACUAAGGAUUUGGUUGGGAGCAAAUGCUUAACAGGGAUAAACACCAUCAACUGUUUUUGCAUGAGCAUUCAUGUGGAUGUUGACAUUCCUUAUCGACAUUGAGAACUUCCUGCUAUGUUAUUGAGUAGAAAAGUCCCUGUUUAUUCUGGAAAGGAGCUUUUACUUCAAUAAUAAAAAAACCUUGAUAUCAGUCAUGCUCAAG